AUGGCAACUCUUUCGAUGAUUAAAACAAGGUCUUUCAACUUUGCAACUGCCGGCAAUUUGAUGCAGUUGUGCAACAUUGUAGUCGUAAUUGAAUACUCAGUCGACCCGGACAGCACUUCGGUUUUGAAGUUGUUAUGGCUGAGAAGUCAAUUAAAAGACCACACGUGUCCAUUUACAGGCUCAUUGGGCCUGCAACUAUUUAGCUAUGAUUAUUUUUGCAAAGCAAAUGGAUUAAUAGGAAGAAAUAGGUAA